CGGGUAUUUCGUGUGUGAAGUGGUCCGGGCAGAAACAAGCAGACAGACGUAUUAAUUAGUGAAUUAAAGGCAGUUUAGUGAGUUUUUGUCGCCGUGUGAGAGUGAAGCAGCGGCGGGGACAGCAUGUCCGCAGCGGGGAGAUGGACUGGGACCAACUGGACCUUAACCCCAGGAUCAUAGCAUCCGUUAGGAGAGUGAAACUGAAGUGCGUGCGCGAGGCGUUGUGUGUUUCCGGUCCAGACCUGCAGAGACUCACCGGUCUGUCCCGGUCCGACGUCCAUCAGCUGCAGACCGCCGCGGCCACGGCCUGCAGACGCCACCCCCCCACCCCAGCCGUCCUGCUGCAGCGUGGAUAUAGUGGUCUCAGACUGAGUGUGGGCUGUCCCGUCCUGGACCAGCUGCUGAGGGGGGGUCUUCCUGCUGGGGGGGUCACCGAGCUGUCCGGAGAGAGCGGAGCGGGGAAGACUCAGCUGGCUCUGCAGCUCUGCCUGUCGGUCCAGUACCCAGCCCAGCACGGUGGUCUGGACUCAGGAGCGGUGUAUAUCUGUACGGAGGACCAGUUCCCUGUGCGGCGUCUAGAUCAGCUGAUCCGGGGUCAGGCCUCUCUGCGGCGGGACGUCCCGGCGGCUCUGAUCAGCAGCCGGAGGUUCAGUGACCACGUCUACGUGGAGCACGCUGCCGACCUGGACUCCCUGAGUGUGUGUCUGUCCCGCCGCGUGCCCCUGCUGCUGGCUCGCCAACACGUGCGCCUCCUGGUGGUGGACUCGGUGGCGGCCCUGUUCAGGUCUGAGUUCCAGGCUUCUGAUUGGCUGGAGAGGAGCCAACAGCUGAUCAGCUUCUCUCACACACUGCACACGCUGAGCCUGGAGUUCAACACACCUGUUCUCUGUAUCAACCAGGUGACCGAUGUUUUCAGCUCCGAUGACAGUUUGGGGCCUGUGUCUGGGGCCGUGGCCCCGGCUCUGGGGUUGGUCUGGGCCAAUCAGGUGAUGGUUCGGCUGAUGAUGCGGCGUCUCCAGGAGACGGUUGCCAGGGGUGACCAGAGCAGCAUCCUCCGCAGGCUGGAGGUGGUGUUCGCUCCACACCUGUCCCGGGACGGCAGGGAUGCUGCAGUCUGGAGGGAGGGGGUCCUGGGACUGGACAGCGCUAAUAACACACGGACAGGUGUGUUAUAACACACGGACAGGUGUGUUAUAACACACGGACAGAUGCUUAUAACACACGGACAGGUGUGUUAUAACACACGGACAGGUGUGUUAUAACACACGGACAGAUGUUUAUAACACACGGACAGGUGUGUUAUAACACACGGACAGAUGUUUAUAACACACGGACAGAUGCUUAUAACACACGGACAGGUGUGUUAUAACACACGGACAGAUGUUUAUAACACACGGACAGGUGUGUUAUAACACACGGACAGAUGUUUAUAACACACGGACAGGUGUGUUAUAACACACGGACAGAUGCUUAUAACACACGGACAGGUGUGUUAUAACACACGGACAGAUGCUUAUAACACACGGACAGGUGUGUCAUAACACACGGACAGAUGCUUAUAACACACGGACAGGUGUGUUAUAACACACGGACAGAUGUUUAUAACACACGGACAGAUGUUUAUAACACACGGACAGAUGUGUUAUAACACACGGACAGGUGUGUUAUAACACACGGACAGAUGUGUAUAACUGACAGACAGAUGUGUAUAACACACGGACAGAUGUGUAUAACUGACAGACAGAUGUGUAUAACACACGGAUAGAUGUGUAUAACUGACAGACAGAUGUUUAUAAGACAGAUAGAUGUGUAAUAACAGAGACAGCUGUUUAUAACACACGGACAGAUGUGUAUAACAGGGAGAGACAGAUGUUUAUAAGACAGAUGUGUAAUAACAGACAGAUGUGUAUAACAGACAGACAGAUGUGUAUAAUAUAGUAUUUCAUUAGUUUUAAAUACUGAGAACAGUUUAAUAUGAACAUGAUGUCAUCUGUUCCUCCCGUGAUGUCAUCUGUUACUCCCGUGAUGUCAUCUGUUACUCCCGUGAUGUCAUCUGUUCCUCCCGUGAUGUCAUCUGUUCCUCCCGUGAUGUCAUCUGUUCCUCCCAUGGAGCAGCUCUACUGUCCCGGGACGAGAGAUCUGCUUCUUCUGGGUCAAAAUUUAACAUUAAAACUUUUCUUUUUUUAAACGUUUGUGACUUUUCAUCUUGUUUUGGAAGAAUUUUUUUUCGGAUGUCUUUGUCGAUUUAUUUUCUGCGCUUUUUUUCAAAGUUCUGUCAUUUUAUUUCUUCAAAUGUUAUAAAUAGAAUUA